GGAGCGGGCGGCGCGGGCGGCGUAGCCCAGCGCGCACGGGGGGGCCGCGGGCAGCGCCGCGCCCGCCGCCGCCGCGGGGCGAGGGCUCCCCGGCCGCCCCCGCCCGGCCAGCCCGCUCCCUGGUACCGGGGGCUGCUGGGGUUGUGUCCAAGGCCUCCCCCUCCCCCGCGUACACACUCACACACACAGACACACGCACACACACUCACACACACACACACACACACACACACACACCCCAUCUCCUCCUGCCGCCGCCGCCGCCGGAGAGAUCGGGGAUCGCCCGCGGCCCGGCCCCGCUCCCGGCUGCGCCCCGUGCCCGGGCGCAUCGCACCCCGCGGGGGCUCGCCCGGCUGCCCCCGGGGCGGCGUGCGGGAGGGCGGGGGGACACACGGCGGCUCCCGCGGCGGCUCCCGAUGGCUCGUCCGCGGCCCCGAGAAUACAAGGCUGGAGACCUGGUGUUCGCCAAAAUGAAGGGGUACCCGCACUGGCCGGCCCGGAUUGAUGAACUUCCUGAAGGGGCCGUCAAGCCUCCAGCAAAUAAAUACCCCAUCUUCUUUUUUGGGACUCAUGAAACUGCGUUCCUGGGGCCCAAAGACCUGUUCCCGUAUAAAGAAUAUAAAGAUAAGUUUGGGAAAUCGAACAAGCGAAAAGGAUUUAAUGAAGGCCUGUGGGAAAUAGAAAACAACCCUGGAGUAAAGUUUACUGGAUAUCAGGCAAUUCAGCAACAGAGCUCAUCAGAAACUGAAGGAGAAGGAGGAAAUACAGCAGAUGCCAGCAGUGAGGAGGAGGGUGAUCGGGUAGAAGAGGAUGGAAAAGGAAAAAGAAAGAAUGAAAAAGCCGGCUCAAAACGGAAAAAAUCCUACACUUCAAAGAAAUCCUCCAAGCAGUCACGGAAAUCUCCUGGAGAUGAAGAUGAUAAGGACUGCAAAGAGGAAGAAAAUAAGAGCAGCUCUGAUGCUGGGGACGCAGGCAAUGACACAAGAAACACUUCUUCAGAUUUGCAGAAAACCAGUGAAGGGACUUAACCAACAUAAUGACUGCUGAACAUUAAGGGAAAACACAAGAAGGUUACAUGUUUGGUUGUCUAAUAUUCUUGGAUUUGAUAUGAGUCACCACAUCUGUUCAUUAGUACCAUCAACAGCAUCCCAGUUUGUAUGCACAUUAUUCACAUUCCUAUCUGUUGUGUUUGCAGAAAUGACAUUUUUACCCUUUUUUCUAAGGGUUACUUUUUGAUUUUCAUAUUAUUUGGUUGCAUGAAGUUGCCCUUUUCCAGUGGCUGAGGUUUAUGAAGAUAUUGCAUACUUGAACAUGUUUUAAAUUCCUUUUCGAGACAGAAAAGGCAUAACUCCAAACUAUAUCAUUCUAAAUCAACAUUUUUUAAACACAACUAAAUCUUAGAAAUGAGUCCCCUCCAUACAAUGCUACAAUAAUCUUCCACAUGCAGACAUAAUUUUAAAUUUUCCUAGAUCCAUUCUCUCUUGGGUUUUGAUCAGUUUACAACAUGAAAGAAAAAUUCUUCUUCAGUUGAAAUCACCACCAAGUUCAAUAAUGUAAUAAAAUACCUUUCCUUAUUAGAAGUACCUAGCUAGUUAUACUCUUAAUACUUCUCCAAACCAUGAUGUAAUGUACACUAUCUGACUUAGUUCCUAUAUGUGGAGUUAGUGAAAGUCUUUUUGUGUUUCUUUAGAUUAAUACAAGGAUUUUUCCAAUGCCAACACAAUUUGAAAUCAUUCAUUUGGAUGCUUUCCAUUUUUAAGCUUACUGUGAUAUACAGCCCUAUGGGAAACCAAAACAAAACAUCAAUUUUAAAUAAUGAAAGGCUUAAAAAAGGAUGCUGUCAUUCUGGCUUUUUUUUUCCUUUUGGAAAUAGAACUAGACUAGUAAGUAAGCAUUCCAAAUCCAUUACUCUGUGUACAUUAUUGUUGCUAUUGUGAUAAUAGAGAUUUUUAUUUAUUUUUAUGCCAGCUUUUAUUGUGAAAACAUAUUUAGUCUGGUUUUAUCAAUCCUUGUUAUGCUUGUCCUUGGAACAUCUUUUGCGUAUUCAAGGUUUGUAGUUGAUGAGUUUACUGUAAAAAUCUAAAAAAAAAAAACCACAAGGAAAAAAAACCAAAAAAAACACCAAAACAAAACAAAAAGGAAACAAAAAAAUUGUAUUGUUUUUACAGAAUAAAUUUAUUGGAAUGUGUAUUGGGAGUAAGGUUUGAGGUUGUAAGCAACUAAGUUAGCGUCAUAUUUGGCUUCAUACGUGUAAUAAUGUGAGGUAUUAAUGUAAGUCAAGUAUUAAAGCAAAACAUUCUGUUAACAUGAGUUGACCAUAAUAGAUACAAGUGCAGGUGAGAUCUUUAUUUUUUCUGUACUUUGCCUUUUCUGGAUAACAGGAGGUCAUUAAAUUCACCUUGAAUGUAUUCAAAGUUUCUUUCAAGACAUCAGAAGUAACAUCAGAGGCUCAAAUACCUGUUUGUGAGCCAGCACGUCCUGUGACAGCCCAGCUGGGUUUGUUUCCCUGUGAAGAGGCACUGGGAUGGAGCUGUCCCAAAGCCUAAGGAGCUGCACCAGGGAUGCAUUGUGUUAUGUCUUUAAUCUCCUCUGACUGCUGCUGGGAACUGCCUGGCAGUGUUCAGCAGGAGAGCGUUACAGCCUGCAUUUCUCAGUGCUCUGAAGGUCCCUUCGUGCAGGGUGCAGCACACAGGCAUGUCAACUGCUUCCUUGUUACUGAUUAGACUUAAAAAUAAAAUUAUUUCAAUCAAAACACCAAGAAGUGAACAAACCCAAAUAAAGUGUUUCCAGUUAAAACGUAUCAGCUAGUUUCAUCUGUGAGAAAGGCACUAGGUGUACUGCUUUUAAUAUAAAUACACAUAGAAGGCAUAGAAAUAGCUGUGAUUGCAAAUAGAAACGUAAGCUGCCCAAACCAAGGUCGCUGUGUUUGCUGCUGCUUGUUUCUGAGCCAGCAGCAUUAGCAAAAGUAGCUGCAGAGACACAGCCAAAACCCCUCCUCUCUGGAAACGCACGCACGGCCUGAGCCCAGUGGCUCACGGUCCUGAGCCCUCUGUGCCCAGCCCACAAGUGCUGCUGAGCACCUGCUCAGCUUCAAGCAGGUGAGCAGUCCUUGCAGAAGUGAAUCCUGAAGAGAAUUAACAAAACUAUAUGAUUUGCUUAUCAUAUAUGGAGUCUUACCAUAAGAGUUGAUUGCUUCUUAAAAGAUUUCUUGGGAUUUUUAACAAGGUCGACCCACAAGACAUACUUUUUGACAAAUAAAACAUGUGCAUGUGACAGAGUUAUGUAUGUUAAUUUUUCAUGCUUCACAAUGCUGGCCUUCAUGUUGUGCAGUAGCUCUGUGCAGGGACUGCUAGCACUGCUAUUCUUCAGCGUGCGGAGGCUAAACACUGACAUCAUUAUUAUUAUUUAACUUCAUGCAGUAUUUCUAAAACUGUCAAAGCAGCUUACUUAAAAAUAGCUGUGGGAACUGGCAAUGCACUGCAAAGUCACAAUGUUGAGAAGUGGUGCUAAAGGCAGUUGUCUUUAUUUUCCCUUUUUCAGUAGGAUAAACAGAGCAGACCGUGCGACUACACAGUUGUGCAAUUUUACACAUCUUACACGCUUCAUUUGGGUUCCAUCUGAACAGUUCAGUUACAUCCCGACCCAAUUAUAUACAUAGCCAAGGACAGGAGCUGGAAACAGUUCUGCUAUUCUGGUUUUUCUUCUUGUUUUGGUUUCAUAAAAAACUCUGGCUUGUUGACACACCUGUAAGCGAACAGCUGAGGAAGAAUCCCGUACAUAAUGUUCAAUAUCAGGAAAAACUCUUUUGCUUCUUCAGGGACUCUGUAGAUGUAAGGAGUUCGAGCAUGAAGAGAAGCACCAAUAUGGGAAAAUUGAGCCUGUGGUGUGUAUAUAACACAUAUAUUAAAAAAAGGUAAAGUUGAUGUAUAUUUUUGGAAAGAUGGCAUAAUCUGCGUGCAAGUCUGCAUCUCCAGUGACAUUUUCCAAGCCAGCCCUUAUUCUUAUUCCAGAAUUAUCCAUCAUACUUUUGCACAGUGGUAUAAAAAUGCAGUCUAAACUAAAAUCAUUAAUAUCUUGGUGUGUGAGGCAUAACCGGAACCAUCAGUGGCAUGCUAAGAGGUUUGUUUUAUGCACAUGGUGGCACUGAUCAUUUCAUCAGGUACAGGAUUCCACCCUGGCUUUCUGGGUCAUAAUUUGUGCUAGAGGGUCCACAGAAAAGUGGCCACUGAAGGGCACAUCCCUGCAGAGCCCUGUCAGGGCAAGGGUUCUCACCCACCUGCCUGUGAGGGUUGUUGGGACUUUGGCAUCAGUGGGAGCAGCUAGACAUUCACUCCGGGUAAAGUUAGAGAGUCUUGGAACCUAUGUUAGUUCUGGUUUGGGUUUGGACUUCUUAAUCUUAAACCCAGAUUGUUCCAGAUUCUGAUCCCACAACUCUUGAUGAUUUCACAAAAUGUCUGCAGUAUUUGGGUUUCAAGCUUGGCUGGUUUGAAGUAUAAAUUGAGCAUACAGUGAAGGUUAUAGGCACAGACAGGCUUGCUGGCCUGAAGCAUAUUUUUAGCAUAAACAAACAUUUAAAGAUAGAAGUGUCAGGAUAGUCGGUGUCUUUUGUUUCCAUCUGUUACCUGCUAUUUCAAGCCACUGCUCAUUCACAUUAACUAUUGUGUGUCCAAUUUUUUUUAUUACUAUUUAGUUAGCUAGCACUGGAGGAGAUCUGAGAAGAGGAACAUCAAUUUGAUCAUAGGGAGAGCACUGGGACACCAGGAUUUUAGGAACACGGGAGUACACUACGGCCAAAUCACAUCCUCUGUUCUGGCUUCAGCAGGAGUCAUUUUGGCCUCAUGCAGAACAUGGUUCUGGUCACAGCAGAGUAGAAGGGGAAGUAAAGUGCAGGUGUUUCAAUGCACCACCCCAGCAAAAGGUUAGGCUGAGACCAUCCAUCAAAACAGAAACAGAAAUUGGUUUUCAGGUGAUUCCAACCACCUGAACUGAAUUGGGAGAGCUCAUUGAGCAAACCUGAGCCAGGAAACAAAGUAAUCAACGAAAUCAAAUACAAACACACUUCAGCAGAGUGCCACUUAGCAUGUUUCUGUAAAUAGCUAUUGCACAGCAAACAGAUGUUCAGGGGCACACUGUCAGCAGCCUUUUUAUAUCAGCUUGGUAAUUCACUGUGUCUCUUGCCCAUUCGUUCUCACCUGCCUCAGGCAGGCCCUGCCUGUGGCACCUGGCUGGGCUUGCUGAAAUCCCUGCUACCUCUCCUGCUGGGGAGCUUCCUCAGCCCAGGCAGCCAGAGCAGGUCAGCAGCAAAGCCCUCUUGUAGCACAGGGCAGCAGACUCCCAGACAGACAGCUGCCAGCAGGCUGCAGGCAGGAGGUUUGGGCUGUCUGGUGUUCCCCCAGACACUGAGAGCCUCUGGGUUGCAUUUUAGAGCCUUGUCUGGGGUGAACGAGCUGCUCCUUCUCUGUGGAGGGUUGUGAGGCUGCGAGAGUGGCCAGCUGUGAGUCAGAGUAAGUUGACAGUACAUUUCUCAUCAUUCACAGUAAACCUUGUCAGAAGGAGCUGUAAGGGGAUGCUUCUGAGAGACCCAGAACUCCCAGAGCCUCCAAGAUGCCUGAGUAUCUAAGCCUUACUGUGUGAUCUUGUCUCUUACAGGAGGUGUGGCACAUUAGUGAGCUUUAAUUGUUGUAAAACCAAAAAGCAGUAACAUGAUGUCCUGUCUGUAGCCUACAAAGAUUUUUAGUGGUUAAUGAUGCACCAUAUAAUGAAGUUAUUGUUUAUUAGACUUGUUUUUCACUGUAACACAUGGCUUCUUCUUUCAUUACCAAGGAGGAUAUUUAGGUCUGUAAAGUAUUUCUUUUUUUUUUUUUAAUUUAUUUGAUUUGCCUCUGUGAAAAUUAUGUUAUAUCUUUAAUCUCCUGUGUUUAUCUUCCAUGACUGUUCUCUGCUGCUACUUUUUUUUUUUUUUUUUCUUACUUGGAGGGGAUAUGUUUUAAAAGCAGAUCUCUCACUCACCAGUGGCCCAGUGCUGCUUUUCCUUCAGGCAGACUGGCACCAAACCCCUCAUUCUGAGCUGUCAGUCCCUGCAGAGCUCUGUCUGUGUGCAGUAGGCUGGUGCUCAGUGAGAGAAACCUCGAGUUUGUUGUGUUACCUUGCUGUGAUUGGGGUCUCUCAGCAAAUACGCCACUCAUUGGUGCUUUCUGUUAGAUCCCCUCUCCAAGUGGAGAAUUUGGAGGCUCCAACAAACCCCUGAGCCUUGGCUGAGAAAUCAACCAGAUGAGAUGCUGCAGGUAACCUUCUAAGGUAGCCUUACAUGCCCAACAUCCAGCCUUUGUCACCCCUGAAGCCUUGGCCACUCUGCUCCUCAGGCAUUCCCAGCAGGUGGAAGCUGCCAGGUACUGGAUGUGGCUUGGCAGCUGCAGUCUGUGUCUGCCUGCUUCCCACUGACCUGCUUGUCUGUAUGAAGCAGUCUGGAUUUGGAAUUUUUACAAUAUUUUUUGCCUUGUUGCCUAAUCAUAGGCAGUAGUUCAAGUAUUUUUUACCCUGUAGCUAAGGACACAGAAAGACCCAGAAAAAGGUUAGGAGUCCUUCCUCACUCUGUGCCUUCUUGCUAAGACUGACUAAAAUCAGGCAAAGACUGUAACUUUGGAAGGGUCUGGACCUGGUCUCAUGAGCCUAACAAAGCCAUCAAAUAGAAAGGGAGUAACCUAUAAAAUACAUUCCUUGGGUUUAGGAUCUCUGGUAGACAAGAAGCACUGCAGAAAAUAGCCACAAAAAUGUCAGGGUUAUGGAAAACAUAAAACUAAGAGGGAGUAGAGGUUAACUUUCUACAUUUGAGGAAACAGAGAAAUGGGCUGUAGAGAGUUGGUGACACUGAUUUUGGCUAGUAAGGCUGUGGGUCUUCAUCCCUUUUCACAUGGCUCACUUGCAUAGGGAAAUACCAAUUUCAUUAAGUUCAGAGGCUGUUCCAACCCUUUUGUACAAUCAAAGCUCCUGGUACUUCCCUCAUAUGAAAUUCAAAGAGCUCCUCCUGAAGCUUCAGAAAGUCUAGUAAUUAUUGGGUCACAGCUGGUUUUGGAGUCUGAGUGUUAGUAAUGGAGUCAUUCCAGCUGAAAGUUAUUUGUAAUUCUGAAACGUGUUUCUGUGUGAAAGGCUAGUAGGCACCUUGGAGGUUCUUAGUUUAGAUGCAUCACAUGGUAUUUUGUGACUUGUUUUUGUAAAAAGUACGUCAUAAUGAUAGAAAUAAAAAUAAUUAAAAUCUCCAUGUUCCCCAUCUGUAGGAGCAGUGUUCAUUCCCAGGGAGCAGUGCCCACUGCUCCCACCAUCAGACACUUACCUUUACUGGACCUUUUGUGUGAGAGAAAGCAAAGUGUGUUUUGGUAACUAUAUAUGUUUUAAUUAUCAAUUAAGUGUUUUAACUUAAGGUAACAGAUUUGUCUACUGUUAUGUGUAUAUCAAUGUGUUUUUUGCCUCAAAAUGACAAAGCACCCAAAUAAUCAAGAAAGAGCCCUCAAUUCUUUGUCACACGCAUUUUACAUCCCAGGUUGGUCACAGUUUGCCAAGUCAAAUCAAGUAAAUCACGUUCACUUGUAGGAUAACUGAAGUUCAUCAUGCAGUGCAUUAAAGUCAAAAUGACAAAAAAAACCCUCCCAAAUGUCAAGAACAGUUUUUUGAAGCAAGAUAAAAUAUGAAGAGUGCACAGCAACAUAGAGUUCUCUUAAUCAGUUUUUGUGAGCUCACAGCAUUUUCUGAUGCCAGGACAAGCUUUAAAUAGUGAAAUGGGAAAUAUUAGGUGUUAGUCUAAUGUGUAAAUGGACAUCCUGAGGCAGAACCACAAAGAACAACAGAGGGGUUUUAGACUUCAGCAACAAAGUUUAGCAUUCACACAUCUGAAGGUACAAAGGGCUGUUAAAAAAAAUUAUUUGCUACAGGAAACAUAUAAAACAGGGGGGG